AUGUCGACUACACACCUCACUAUCCACGACCUGCUUCGCAUAACAUAUACCUAUGAGAUGCGCGCUCUCGAAGCACAAGCACGCAUGCAGCCAAGGCCGCGCUCAGAUUCAGCUUGCUCGAUGCCAGAAACAUGUGCACAUCUUUCGCCACCCACACCCUCCUCACCAGAACACGCAAUCCUCGAGACCGAUUUCACUCAAAUGUACUGUCGCAAGAGUCGUCGCGCUUGA